AUGGAUUCGUUCUAUGUACCUACCUUAGGUAGGUCUAGACACCAAGGCUUACUAUCACAAGGGCAUGCCCUUUGCUUCUUUUUCCACUUUUGCGACGUACUUUGCAAGCCCACAAUCCAGCUCUCGGCAAAGCUAUAUCCGUAGAUCUUGUUAUUAUUCUCGGCUUUGGGCGUACUAUCUAUCUAUCAAGGUUGCACUCAUGACAGCCAGAUUAAACCAACCCAUCACAUCCAGAAACAAAUAACAUCCUACACCGAGGUACCUUCCUUACUCUACCUAACCUACCUAGGUACCUACCUUCACUUUAUCCUCCCAUUAUUUCAUAUCAGCUUGCUCGCCACACGAAAGAAAGAGAAACAAAAACAAACAAAACAAAAGCACACUACAUUUCCAACCGCACAAAUGCCACGUCUUUAAGGCAUACCUAUGUUCAAGCUCUUCUAGCUGCAGGUACUCUGUACCGUAAGAAAAAGAUUACAAAAAUUGUUACUGCAGGUGUCACCUUGGGCUGUGCUGCCCUUCCUCGAAGCAGGCGCCACAGAAAACUCCAAUGAGGGGAUAUGUCGGCAAUGCACCCCCCUUGGGUCCCUUCACAAAAUGAUCAUCAUUCGGCCAGCGACAACGAUCUAAUCUGCCAAGAUGAAAGCUUAGAAUUAUACACACCAACCGACCCUCAGCUGUGCACACCCUCUCCGGCAGCAGUGUUUUCAGGUGACUAUUCAACCCUGGCUUUACCAGAGGUGGACAUAUCUGCUUCCAAAAUCAACCCUGGACCGCCCGCCAUCCCACGUAGCAAUGAUACAAACCUCGAUCGACGCUUCGGCGCCGGGCGUAGUCCUCAGCCAAACCUCCAUCGUGUGCCGGGCAUAGGAUCCCGGAUUGCGACUUCGGGUUCUCCCGAUACGGCAUCUCGAGUGCGCAAGGAAUGCCGUCGACAGCAUACCCAUCCUGCAAUCACCAAGCUGUCUCGAUUUCCCCUGGUCCGGGUCCUGGCUGCGUCAGAAUGCGCAAACCAAGCAGCUGCCGAGAGUCUGACUGGAGGCUACGGUUUGGUCCAGCAACAAAUAGACUGGGAUGACUCGGAGCAUGAAAUGGUCUUGGACGAUGCUGCACCUGGAAGCAUGCCCUGGCGCUCCAGGUGGGAGGCACCGAAUUCGUGGUUCAUCUUCCCCUCUGAGCUUCGCAACCAGAUUUACGAACACUUAAUCCAACUGCCUACCUCACACGAGCUGUAUGCAGAGUAUUACACACAGAUACGGACAUAUCUUUCUCGCAAGUCGCAGCGCAGACGCGACGGCGGCUUCAUCAGCGAUGACAAAACGAACAAACAAGACGACGAGCCCUUCCCUACGUACAAGGCCAACCUGAGAACACCGAGCAUCCUCCUCGUGUCGCGCGCCAUCACGGAUGAGUGCCUGUCCAUCCUACAGACACGCAUCCUGACCGUCGACCGCAUCCCGCCCUGGGUCCCCGGCGCCGCUGACCCGAUGCGCGUGUCCAGUUUCAUCGGGCGCGCGACGCUUCAGAACCUGCGCCACGUCGACCUGCGCAUCGACCUCGGCCGCGGCCGCCACGGCAGCGCCUGGAUCUGGACAAAGCUGGCCGAGGACCUGCUCGACGUGCUCGCCGCCUCGAGCCGGCUGCUGUCCCUCCGUGUCGUCCUCAGGCUGUUCCAGACCCACAACCUUCGCCUCUGGGAGUUUGAGAGCGGCGAGCGCUACUGGUACAAACGACUACUCCACAAGCUCGAUUGGUUCAGGGCCAACCACUCGCAGGUCUGGUCGCCACCCGCCAUUAUGAUCGAGUACUGGGAGAUCAGGCGCGAUUGGGUUUAUCUGUUGGACCCUUCUGGUCGCAACCCUGUUGCGACGUUAGGCAGAGUGACCGAUCCAAAACUGGUUCCCGGCUCCAUCACAGACUUUCUGGCCCCCUGAUCCCGUAUUAGUGGUGGUGUUUGAGUGGUCGACUUUUCACAUUCGUCCCAAAUUAGAACGUUCCAGUAUCGUUUCUAUACGGCGGCAACACAUCGACAACGGCACAAUUUUUGGUCUUGUCGCACAAUCAAAUCUUGUCUAACAUUGGCCGUGAACGGGACUAUAGGGACAGUCCUGACAUGGAUCUUGCCAGCACUCCGGGGUUAUGCGCAUAAGUAGUAUUUCUUUUUUUUUUUUUUUUCUUUUCCCCUGUCCAUCUCAUUAUCUCGUAACGACAUAUCCUAGCGAAUAGCAUAAUAUAGGCGUUUGAUUCCAACUGAACAUUGUUCAGACCCCAAUCCCUGUAACAUUAUGUGCCUUGACAUCAGCUCUCAACCUAGGAAGAUUUCAUAGCUCCAAUAUAAAAAAAAAGUUACCUAAGAUUCCAU